AUGCCCCGAACUUCCUCGGGCCGGCCCCUCCAGGCCCAGUUGCGGCCUCCCGGCCCUCCGUCUAGGACCAGCUCCUGCUGCUCCCGGCUGCGAUCGCGGGCCCAGCCCCGGCCUCACGACAACCUCUUUGGGCUCGGCUCCGGCCCAGCUCCCGUUCCGCGGCCUUUACUUCCUCCAACCAGCCUCUCCAGGCCCAGCUCCUCCUGCCGGCGGCCUCUGCAGGCCCACGCUGGGCUCGAGUCUCGGCCUCUCCAGGGCUCGCUCCUGCUCCCGGCGGCUCCUGCGGGCCGAACUCUUCGCACAGUCAGCCUCCGCCGGCCCAUUACCUGCCUCUCCGCGGCCUCCCCAGCUGCCAGACUUCCUCAGGUCAGCCUCUCCAGGCCCAACUCCUCCUGCCUGCCACUGGCCUCUUGAGGCCCAGCCCCGCUCUCCCCUCCAGUCGGCCUCGCCAGAUCAAGCCUCCUGCCUCCCGAAGGCCUGCACAGGCCCAUCGUCUGCCUCCCAGCGGACUCUCCACGCCCAGCUCUCUCCUGACUGCGGCCUCCCCAGGCCAGAGCUCCUCCUGACUUUCGGCAGCUCUGCCGGGCCCCGCUCCUGCCUCCCAGUGGCCUCGUUAGGCCCGGCUCAUUCGUCACGGGGAACGGCCUUUCCAGGCCCAGCCUGUGCCUUUCGGCGGCCUCUCCAGGCCCCCAACUUCCUCAGGCCCCAAACGUCCUGAAGCCGGGCCCCACGGUGGCCUUUCCGGGCCCGGUUCCUGCCCUCCGACGGCGUCUCCAUGCCCCAGACUUCCUCCAGCCAGCCUCUCCAGGCCCAGCUCCUCCUGCCGGCGACCUCUGGAGGCCCACGCUGGUCUGGAGUCUCGGCCUCUCCAGGGCUCGCUCCUGCUCCCGGCGUCCCCUACGGGCCCAACUCGUCGCCCAGUCGGCCUCCGCCGGCUCAGGACUUGACCUCCAGUCGGCCUCGCCAGGUCCAGCCUCCUGCCUCCCGAAGGCCUGCACAGGCCCAGUCUCUGCCUCCCAGCGGACUCUCCACGCCCAGCUCUGGCCUGACUGCGGCCUCCCCAGGCCAGAGCUCCUCCUGCCUUUCGGCAGCUCCGCCGGGCCCCGCACCUGCCUCCCAGUGGCCUCCUUAGGCCCGGCUCAUUAGUCACGGGGAACGGUCUUUCCAGGCCCAGCCUGUGCCUCUUGGCGAUCUCUCCAGGCCCCGAACUUCCUCAGGCCGGCCCCUCCAGGCCCAGUUGCGGCCUCCCGGCCUCCCGUCCUGGCCCAGUUGCGGCCUCCCGGCCUCUCCUCCAGGCCCAGCUCCUCCUGCUACCGGCUGCGGCCGCGGGCCCAGCCGCGGCCUCACGACAACCUCUUUAGAGUCGGCUCUGGCCCAGCUCUCGCUCCGUUGAAUUUGCCCACGCUGGCCUCGAGUCUCGACCUCUCCAGGGCUCGCUCCUGCUCCCGGCAGCCCCUCUGGGCCCAACUCGUCGCCCAGUCGGCCUCCGCCGGCCCAGCUGCUGCCUCUCCGGGGCCUCCCCAGGCCCAACUCGUCGCCCAGUCGGCCUCCGCCGGCCGAGCCUCCUGCCUCUCCGCGGCCUCCCCAGCUGCCAGACUUCCUCAGGCCCCAAAUGUCCUGAAGACGGGCCUCACGGUGGCCUCUCCGGGCACGGCUCCUGCCCUCCGACGGCGUCUCCUCUCCCCAGACUUCCUCCAACCAGCCUCUCCAGGCCCAGCUCCUCCUGCCGGCGGCCUCUGCAGGCCCACGCUGGGCUCGAGUCUCGGCCUCUCCAGGGCUCGCUCCUGCUCCCGGCGGCUCCUGCGGGCCAAACUCUUCGCACACUCAGCCUCCGCCGGCCCAUUACCUGCCUCUCCGCGGCCUCCCCAGCUGCCCGACUUCCUCAGGCCCAGGUCCUCCUGCUCCCGGCUGCGGCCGCGGGCCCAGCCCCGGUCUCACGACAACCUCUUUGGACUCAGCUCCGACCCAGCUCCCGCUCCGCGGCCUUUGGAGGCCCCAAACGUCCUGAAGCCCGGCCCCACUGUGGCCUCUCCAGGCCCGGCUCCUGCCCUCCGACGGCGUCUCCCUCUCCAGGCCCAGCUCCUCCUGCCGGCGGCCUCUGCAGGCCCACGCUGGCCUCGAGUCUCGGCCUCUCCAGGGCUCGCUCCUGCUCCCGGCGGCCCCUCUGGGCCCAACUCGUCGCCUAGUCGGCCUCCGCCGGCCCAGCUGCUGCCUCUCCGGGGCCUCCCCUGCUGCCAGACUUCCUCAGGUCAGCCGCUCCAGGCCCAGCUCCUCCUGCCUGCCACUGGCCUCUUGAGCUCACGCCUCUGGGCGGGCUCCUCAGGCCCAGGACUUGACCUCCAGUCGGCCUCGCCAGGCUCAGUCUCCGGCCUCCCGAAGGCCUGUACAGGCCCAGCCUCUGCCUCCCAGCGGACUCUCCAGGCCCAGCUCUCGCCUGCCUGCCACUGGCCUCUUGAGGCCCAGCCCCGCUCACCUCCUCCUGCCGGCGGCCUCUGCAGGCCCACGCUGGCCUCGAGUCUCGGCCUCUCCAGGCCCAGCUCCUGCCUCCCGGCGGCGGCUCAUUCGUCACGGGGAACGGCCUUUCCAGGCCCAGCCUGUGCCUUUCGGCGGCCUCUCCAGGCCAAACCCGUCGCCCAGUCGGCCUCCGCCGGCCCAGCUCCUGCCUCUCCGCGGCCUCCCCAGCUGCCAGGCUUCCUCGGGCCGGCCUCUCCAGGCCCAGCUCGGCGGCCUCUGCAGGCCCACGCUGGCCUCGAGUCUCGGCCUCUCCAGGGCUCGCUCCUGCCUCCCAGCGGCCCCUGCGGGCCCAACUCAUCGCCCAGUCGGUCUCCGCGGGCCCAGCCCCGGCCUCUCCACGGCCUCCCCAGCUGCCUCCCAGUGGCCUCUUACGUCUUCUGGAUCCAUCUUUUUAAUCUUUGUGGUCAAGAGUAUCAAGGAGCCUAA